AAAUAAAAUUAGGGUAGGACAGAAGAGAAGAAGGGUAGCGAAGUAAUUGUAAAAAAAAUCCCCAAAUUCUGAUUUACGGAAGAAUCCUCAAACACAAACACCAACACAAACUCAUAAAACUGAGAAACCACAGGAAACACAAUCCGAAUUUUCAAACUUAUUUGCUUUUUUUGUAUAACUAGCUAAUCCACAGCCUAAAGGGGGAUAUAGAGAGUAAUUGGAGAGCAAAGGGUAUUGAAAAAAGAAAGAUGGCAGGAAGAGAGGUCCGCGAAUACACCAAUCUUACCAACCCUAAAGAUAAGAAAUGGGGGAAAGGAAAGGAGAAGAUAGAUGAUGAAGACACCACUUUCCAACGCAUGGUUGCCAAGAUGCAAGAGGUUGCAGGAGAGCGUGGAGGCUACCUUCAUGGGCGAGGCGCCUUGGACAGUGAUGAUCUACUCUAUCUCAAGGAGCAAAUGGAAGCUGAGGAGGAUGCAGAACACCUCCUACGUCGAACUGAGAAACGGGCAUUUGCUGCGUUUAAGAUAUCCUUUUAUGUUAUUGAAAGAGGGAGAGUACUGUUGGUCCGUAAUGAAACUUUUGUAAUGUUCUCAUAUGCAUGGUUUUCCUUUGAUUUACUGGUAACCAACAUCAUACUUAAUCUUGCUAUAGGCUAUCCCUUGACUUGGCUGUUUUUUUUUUGAUAAGUAUCCCUUGACUUGGCUGUUGUUCCAUGAUUCUGUUAAAGAGGAAGAAGACUUGCUUAUUUCUGUGUAGUGCGAUCAUUAAAAAAUGUUGAACUUCAUAAUGUAGUUUAAUUUUUAUGGCAACUAAGGGAGUUGUUUUAAAUGGCUUGGACAAAUAGUCACCACAGGCUUAAUUGCUUCCUUACAUGUAUGCUUGAUUGUUAGAUUCUUCUGACCAUUGUGACCACUGUAUGCUUUAUGAGAAGCCGGGUCAUUAUGUGAACUUACUAAUUCUAUAUAAAUGGAAACCUAUGGUAUGUUUAUGCCUCUUUGUUGAAUGAACUCUCUAGUGCUUGCUAUAUUUUACAUGGCAAACUUGUGAAAUGCUCUUAAGUUGAAUUAUGAAAACAUCUAUGGAGAGAACUGCUUGGGGUCUGCUGAAAUUUUGUUCUAUGUUGAUGCUAAUGCUGUUUCUAGUUUUUCUUUCUCUUCCUUAACCAAUGGACACAAAGCUGCAAGUUUAGCAGAUUCUUCACCUGCAUCAGUCCCAUUGCCACUUCAAGUUGAGCCCAAGCCCAAGGGUGGAAUCAGGUCUCUCUCUCUCUCUCUCAACACAGGCACACACAAAAUGUGUGCAUUUUGAACAAUAUUUGCGCUUUGUAGUAAAAAAAAAAAAAAAAAACUAGACACUUUUUAGUUUCCUUUCUUUUUUCUUUUUUUUUGGGGGGGGGGGGGGGGGGGUGUUUCUGAAAUAUGUAUUUUAUCUGGAUUGCGGACAGCAAUAUUUAUUGAAAAAGGUUGUGGAAAUCAAACCCAAACGGAAGAGAACUUCUAGUCCAUCUGAUGGGAAUCAGUCAACUCCUGCUUCAAAUGAUUCUGCUUUAAAAAGCCUUAAGUCUGAGUCUCACCAGGAGAAAGAGCAGCCUGAGACUGACCAGGAGGAGAAAGAGUGGCCUUUGUCAAGAUUGAAUAAAGCAGAGGGAGAUACUAAUACAGAAAACCCUGUUAAAAGUUUACUAGGCCUAGCAUAUGCAAGUUCUGAGGAUGAUGACUGAAGAAUGCAUCGAUACCUGUGGUGCGAUACUAGAACUGUUCAUUUUUCUUUUCCUUGUUGAUAAGUAGUUCAUUAAAAAAAAAGGUCUUUAUUGAUAAGUAGGGUAUGCUUUCUCUGUUCAAAUACUACCAGGACUAAUUGAGUGAAUUCUAUGUUGGUCAAAGUGAAGUCAGGAUACAUAUUCAACCUUCAAUUUGAUGUGCCUGCUAUUCUCUUUGAUAUCCCCUAUACUCAUUGAUUCAGUAUCUAGAUCCUUCAGUGCAUCAUAAAGCUCCUGAUGACUUUGUUAAUGACCUCAAAGCUCUGGAUUCUGCAGCCCUAAAAACUUGUUGAGGGUUAUUGUGUGGUUUUGCCCCUCUGGCACCUGCUUGUAGCUCCUAUUCUUGUAGCUACUCUCCCCAUGUGAGGUGCUUCAACCAUUUCGUUAUGUUCAGUAUAUCAUCUUACAUUUUCUCAUCCCCUUUGAUUUUUCUUUUCCUGGUUUGUAAAUCUGUAAGGUAUUCUGAAUAUCAUACUGUCCUUGUGUGUGUGUGUGUGUGUGUGUGUGUGUGUGUAUAGAGGAAGAUAUGCAUUAUUGUUUUUGAAGCUCAAAUGAUAAUGGAAAAUUGAAGUUACCUUGUUCUUGAA